AUGCAAUUCUCAAUCUUCCGAUUCCUCCUCCUCGCCCUAGUGGUAUCCUGCCUCAUCUCAAGCGUCAUGGGCGAACCACUCGCCAAGAAGGCGAAGGCCAAACCGCCCGUCAAAACCAUCCAGGGAGGCAAAUACGAGUGCAAAGCCCGCCGCCGAGGCUAUGUCAUCAACUACAACGUCCGCAUCGGCCGUGCGUGGAACAAGAAGCAGUGCAAGCAGGCCUACAAUGCCCUUCACUGGGUCGGGCGCUCCGCUUACAAGUGCAACAAGAUGGCUGGAGGCCACAUGCAUCUCAAGUUCAACGCCAUGUGGGACUCGCAGAAGAGUCUCAACGAGGCGCUUAAUAAGGUUUUCCCUGUUAUCGCGAACAAUAAUGGUGGGUUCAAUUGCCCUAGGCAGUGA